GAUAAUAUAAAACCUGUGAAACUUAAUCACUGGUCCAAAUCCAGUUUUAAAUUCCAACUUCGAAUUUGCGAUUCUUAAACCUCAAUCUUUAAAUCUAAUUAAAUUAACUUUUACUUCUGUUACGCAAAAAAAAUUACACAUGCGCCUUAAUUACGCUUAUCGCGUCUUUAUAAAACAUAAAAUGGUCUAACUAAGAUAAUACAUAAAUAGAAGGAAAUCCCCUAUUAUGAGACAGUCGGAGUUUCUGCUAAAUUAAUCGGCAUCAUCUACUGGUUCCACCAUGAAUGAAUUGAAAAGAGAUUUGCGAUUGAAUUUAAACGUUGAAAGCCUUAUACUGUCUAACAUUAGAAUCCUAUCUCAUAACAGAGGACCUUCCUCUAAUUCAAUAUAAAGACUCAAGGAAAACGAAAAGUCGAGACGACAUCAAUUUGAUGUCGUAUUGACCAAAUUUAUGUCACAUUUUGGUCAAUACGGCAUCGAAUCGACGCCACCUUGACUUUUCAUUUUUCCUUGGGGGAGAUAGGGGGACAAGUAUUACGUCCUAAUUUCUUUUUCAGUUUGGCCCGGAAGCCGACCUGAGGGAGCGCCGGAUGUGUUCGAAGACCCGAUAAGCGGUUUUGCCCGUGUCCGCUGUCGCUGGAUCAACCCUAGGAAUACCUCCAGGAGCGCGUAUGAGCGCGAAUCGUGCUGCACGUGCCUGUUUCUCAGAGCCACCUCCGAAUGCCGCAACGAAAAAAACCUCGUGACACGAGAUAACGAUGUCAACAUCGAUAAAGUGUUAUUAAACUUGAUCGUCCUUGGCGAACGAAGCCGUUAUUCGUGUAUACCGAUUGAAAUCCAAUAGAGGGAUAUCUUUUUACUAAGGUUUUAAAAUACAAGCUCUCUAUUUCUCUCUUUCUCUCUCUCUCCUUUUCUUAAGCGCACGAGCGCUGAGAAAUAUCGCAAAUACAGAAACGUAGGACAAACUCCGUGCGAAAUGGCGUACGACGACGUUAUCCUUCGCAUGGGCGAGUUCGGCCGCUAUCAGCGCAGGGUCUACCUUCUGCUCUGUCUUCCGGCGAUAUCGUGCGCCUUUCACAAGCUGGCCGGCGUGUUUCUCGGUGCCAAAAUGAACUCGAGGUGUCUACUUCCACACGAGCACGCGGAGAACGUCACGUUCCACCUGAGCCAGGAAGCGCUGAACGCAAGCUACCCGUGGGACUACGAGUUCCAGGGGUGGUCCCAGUGCAUGAGCCGUGACAUCGUCGACCUCGCGAACGGCACGAUCGUCGGGCAGGCGAUUGGCAACGGCACUGAGGAGGCGGGCGUCAGCAAGUGCACGCAGUAUGUGUACGACAGAAGCGUGUACAAGAGUACAACCACUUCCGAGUGGGACUUGGUCUGCGACAAGGCGUGGCUGAGAGCGACGGGGGACUCGUUGUUCAUGGUAGGAGUCAUGCUUGGCUCGAUGAUAUUCGGCGGUUUGUCCGAUAAGUAUGGUCGUAGACCAAUUUUCUUCCUGUCUUUAGUCAUACAGCUGGUCGGCGGUGUACUAGUCGCUGUCGCGCCCGAGUUUAUUUCCUACGUAAUCUUCAGGCUAAUUGUCGGCUCAACCACCAGUGGGGUGUUCUUAGUAGCGUAUGUCAUAGCUCUGGAGAUGGUCGGGCCGAAAAAGCGGUUGGUAGCCGGUGUCGGCUGCCAAUUAUUUUUCACUACUGGAUACAUACUCACCGCCGCCUUCGCGUAUUUUAUUACUGACUGGAGAAUGCUGCAAGUAGCCAUCACGGUGCCGAGCAUCGCGUUUCUGCUUUACUGGUGGUUCAUUCCCGAGUCGGCGCGAUGGCUCCUGACGAAAGGCCGCCUUCAGGAAGCGAAGGAUCUGCUGCAACGUGCCUCUCUGGAAAACGGCGUGGAGAUGCCGAGCGAGGCUCUGGAUACGCUUCUUAAUAAUAACAGCGAGGAUAGCAUGCCCGACGCGAGGAAGCCCUCGCUCUUCGACCUGUUCCGUUAUCCGAAUUUGAGACGGAAGAGCAUUCUUUUAUUUUUCAAUUGGCUCGUAAACAGCGGCACGUACUACGGGCUGUCCUGGCACGCGUCCAACCUUGGCGGUAACGACUACGUUAAUUUUGUAAUAUCUGGAGUGGUAGAGGUGCCAGCGUACACUUUCCUAAUUUUCACCCUGAACCGCUGGGGCAGGAAGAUCAUUCUUUGCGGUUGUAUGAUGCUGUCCGGACUGGCGCUGCUUGCCACGUUAUUUGUCCCUACCGAUAUGCCGUGGUUAAUCGUCUGUUUGGCAAUGAUAGGGAAACUUGCCAUUACCUCCUCCUACGGUGCAAUUUACGUGUUUACUGCCGAACAAUUUCCGACCGUUAUUCGAAACGUCGGACUAGGCGCGAGUUCCACUUUCGCUCGAAUUGGCGGAGUUAUCGCGCCAUAUGUCAAUCAUCUGUCAGAAGUAUGGAUGCCGUUGCCACUCGUAAUAUUCGGAUCGUGCGCCUUAGUCGCUGGACUGAUGUCUCUUCUUCUGCCGGAGACAUUGAACAAAAAACUUCCCGAAUCGAUUCAAGACGGCGAGCUUUUUGGAAAGAAAUUGUCGAAGAAGAAGAAGAAGCAACAGUUGAUGCUCGAACAACUGAAUGACGUAGAGAUAAUAAAACCGCUGAAGGCGCAGGAGAAGCAGAACGGCGUGCAUGAAAAGCAAAACGGAUGACAUUAAUUCACGAAGGAACAUGUGUCGGUAUUACACUCAAAAUACAUAUUCGAUUCCCGUCUGACCGUACUUUAGAUGUCUGCCAUGUGCAGUACACGCGCCUGCAGGGAACUUGGCGUAACGCGAUGCUUUCGGUCUGAACUUGUAAUAUCUACAAUCGAUUAACACCUGCUCGUCCUUGGUCGAGCGUGUCCCAAUCGAGUCGGUUCGAAACGCAAAACAAUUAUUUAUACAGAACAAUAAUUAUUUAUACAGAACUAAAACGAAAAAAAAGAGCUAAUCACCCGCCAAAAGAAACGUACGUAUAUUUCGCGUUUUAAUAUCUUGAACAUAGCUGAGGAUGGCAUUGCAUUUAUUUAGGUAUCAUAUGUUGCGAUAGCCCGUAGACUGUAAGAAUUCUGCCGACAAACAUAUCACUACUCAACAGCUAAACGUCCUCUGUAAAGAAUGGCUACAGUAUGAAACAUUGUAACUUAUAAAUAUAAAAAACUUUUGCUAGUA